AUGACUCACUAUUUGGCAGCACAGCAGCCUGGAGGCCUAAAACAGCAUAUCAUCAGUGUCCUGCUGGAUUGCACUGGAGAAAUGCAACAAUUACAUACUCACAUGCAGGAUAAAUACUUCCCACUGCAGAUGGCUGAGUGCUGUUUGUGUGGGAUCUCACGUGUGAUUCUGCUAAACAACCCCCUGAGUGGAGCUCUGAUUCUGGCUGCAUUGCUGCUGGAGAGCUCCUGGCAGGCUCUUCUGUGGAUGCUCGGCCUUUUGGCCUCCACCUUCACAGCUAUAAUCCUGGGACAGGACUGUGAGGAGGUCUCCAGUGGCCUUCACGGAUUUAAUGGAAUACUGGUGGCUCUGCUGAUGGGAUGGUUCAGCUCUGCUGGAGAUUGGUACUGGUGGCUUCUGCUGCCUGUGUGUCUUGGUGGAGCUGCAACUUCUUUUCUUUACAGCAGUUUGUCUUCGUUUUUGGGCCGCUGGGAUUUACCAGUGAGCAUCUUCCCCUUUAACACAGUCACCCUGCUGUAUCUGGCCUGUACUGGCACUUCAAACCCCUAUUUUCCAAACUAUCCUGCACAGCCACCAGGGGCCCCAGAGAGCACCAACCACACCCAACUCCAUGUUCCACAGCUCCUGCAGGGGGUGGUGUUGGGCGUAGGGCAGAUCUUUGCAUGUGGGACUCUAGGCCCAUCUCUGCUCAUCCUGGGUGCUGUUUUCCUCUUCUCACCCAUUCUGGCUGUCUCUGGCAUUAGCACUAUGGCAGCCAUACAGAGACAUAUGAGUCAUCGCAGACAGGUUGGAUAG